AUGUGCUUAUAUGAUUGGGAAUGGACCCGAUUUCGGGCUAAUGCCAGGGUGGGCAAAAGGGUGCCCCAAACUAGCUUCUCUCAUCUGAACUGUGGCAGCAAGCCGUGCUCCUCUGUCAUCAGUUUUGCCUCCCCACGCUCUCAGCCUUCCCCUGUUGUUCCUCAAGUUUUCUUCAUAAUACACAUUUCCAUGAAAUUUUUGGAUGACACGCAAAUUCAUGAAGUGUUCCAUAUUUUUCAAAAAUCUUCCGGAAAGGCACUGUUUAACCUCAGUUGCAGCCAUCUCAACCUUGCUGAGAAGGAAUAUUUUGGAUUAGAAUUCUGCAGCCAUUCUGGAAAUAAUGUUUGGUUGGAACUUCUGAAGCCCAUAACAAAGCAAGUAAAAAUGGACCCUGGACAUCUGCGGGAAGAACUUACAAGGUAUCUUUUUACUCUGCAAAUAAAGAAGGAUUUGGCUCUAGGAAGGCUUCCAUGCAGUGACAAGUGUACAGCGUUGAUGGUAUCUCACAUCUUACAAUCAGAACUGGGAGACUUUCAUGAAGAAACGGAUAGGAAACAUCUGGCACAAACCCGGUACUUACCAAACCAAGAUUGUUUGGAGGCCAAGAUCAUGCACUUUCAUCAGAAGCACGUUGGCAGGAGCCCAGCUGAGUCUGAUAUUCUGUUACUGGACAUAGCAAGGAAGCUGGACAUGUAUGGCAUCAGGCCUCAUCCCGCCAGUGAUGGUGAAGGGUUGCAGAUUCACCUGGCUGUUGCUCACAUGGGCGUACUGGUGUUACGGGGAAAUACAAAGAUCAAUACUUUCAACUGGGCUAAAAUUCGCAAGUUGAGUUUUAAGAGAAAGCAUUUUCUCAUCAAACUUCAUGCCAAUAUCUUGGUGCUGUGCAAGGACACCUUGGAGUUUACCAUGGCCAGCCGAGACGCGUGCAAGGCUUUCUGGAAGACUUGUGUGGAGUACCAUGCUUUUUUCAGGCUUUCUGAAGAGCCCAAAUCAAAGCCCAAAACCUUACUCUGCAGCAAGGGUUCUAGUUUCCGCUAUAGUGGAAGAACCCAAAGGCAACUUUUGGAAUAUGGGAAAAAAGGGAGGUUGAAGAGCUUGCCAUUUGAAAGGAAACAUUACCCAUCUCAGUACCAUGAACGGCAGUGCAGGUCCUCACCAGACAUCCUCUCUGAUGUGUCCAAACAAGUGGAAGACUUGAGACUAGCCUGCGGUGGGGGGUACUACCGGAAUGUGAAUGGAGUGCACGCCUCGGAGCCUGUGCUGGAUAGCAGGAGGAGGAACUCGGCUGUGGAGGUGACGUUUGCAGCCGAGCUGGAGUGUUCCAAGCCAGAGGCAGAUACCACAUCCUUACACCAGGCCCAAAGCACUUCCUCAUUCCCUUUCAUGUAUACACACCCUGUCUUUAACGCUGACCCUGAGCCCAGAGCCUUCUUUGAGGAGAGGAGUCCUCUCAGUUCCUUUCAGACCAGCUCCAAGUUUGCCGACAAUCACAUGAGCGCAUCUUCUGGGUUCGCAACUAAAGUGAGUUCAGCAAGGCAGCUAACUUACACAGAUGUGCCCUAUAUUCCUUGUACUGGUCAGCAGGUUGAUAUUAUGCCUCCCCAAGUCUUUUUUUAUGUGGACAAGCCACCCCAGGUGCCCAGACGGUCUCCAAUCAUGGCACAGGAAAGGUCAAGGCCAGAGAGCUGUAAAGAGCCCACUGCCAUGAAGCCAGUCAAAAGAAGUCCCAGGAGCAUCAGACUGAAGAGCUUUCAGCAAGACCUCCAAGACCUCCAAGAAGCUAUGGCCAGGACUAGUGGUAGGAGGAACAUCAGUGUAGAUCGAGAAGAGGAAGACCCACAGCUAGAAGAUGCAUUUGCAUGUAACAUUCAAGAGCAAACCCCUAAACGGUCCCAGAGCCAAUCAGAUAUGAAAACCAUCCGUUUUCCUUUUGGGUCGGAAUUUAGACCUUUAGGGCCUUGUCCUGCUCUGAGCCGUAAAGCAGACUUGUUUACCUAUAUGUUUGCUGAUCAGGAACUGCCAACAGUGCUAAUGGAUCAAAGUACAGCAGAAAGGUAUGUAGCCAGUGAAUCCAGUGAUUCUGAAUCAGAGAUUCUUAAACCAGACUACUACUCUUUGUAUGGCAAGGGAAUAAGGUCACCCAUGGCCAGAAUCCGCCUGUCUUCUGGCAGCCUACAACUUGAUGAAGAAGAUGAAGAUGUAUCUGUCAACACCCCAACUGCUGAAGACAGGACUUUGCUAGAAUCAUGUAAUUACUUUUUAGCUUAG